AAAUUGUCUCACAGUUUAAAGUUGCGGUUUGGAUAUAUAUGGCGGAUAAACAGGAAACGAUUGAGCUGGGUGAGAUCCGCAACAUAGACACUAAUCAAGAUGUGGCAGCUCUGGCACGGCUUGGAAAGAAGACCGUGUUGAAGAGAAAGUUUGGCUUUCUUUCUAUCCUGGGAUUUAGCUGCACAGUUCUUGUAACAUGGGAAGGUUUCCUGAUUCUCUUCCUUGUUGGGCUCCAAAAUGGAGGCCCUGCGGGCGUCUUCUACGGCUAUAUCAUCGCUUGGCUGGGCACAACAUCUGUCUUCGCGGUCUUGUCUGAAUUGGUGUCGAUGGCGCCGACCUCUGGUGGGCAAUACCAUUGGGUCGCCAUGUUAGCACCCCAGCGAUAUCAAAAUGUCUUCAGCUACGUCGCAGGAUGGCUCACUGUUGCGGGCUGGCAAGCCACGCUUGCCUCCUCAGCCUACCUAACUGGCUCUCUUAUCCAAGGUCUCCUCAUUCUCACUCAGCCCAAUUAUGUCCCACAGAACUGGCAUGCUACUCUUCUCUUCUGGGCAAUCAUAGCUUUUGGUGUUAUCAUCACAACGGCUUCCAGCUGGCUCUUACCGAAGUUUGAGGGCUUGAUUCUCAUCAUUCACGUCUUGGGCUUCUUUGGUAUCAUGAUUACGUUGCUCACCCUCGGACCGCAUGAGAAUGCCAAAGAGGUGUUCACUACGUUCACUAACAAGGGUGGUUGGGAUAGCCAAGGACUCUCAUUUUGUAUUGGGAUGAUGGGAACCGUGUACGCAUUUGUUGGGGGAGAUGGUGCUAUUCAUAUGGCUGAGGAGAUCCGCAAUGCCCCCGUCACUGUUCCACGCGCUAUUAUGGCCGGAAUCUGGAUCAACGGCAGUCUCGGCUUUGGCAUGAUGCUUACUAUGCUUUUCCGUUCCGGCGACAUCGACGCUGCAUUGGCAGAGAACCCGUCUUUCCCAUUUAUCGCUAUUUUCCACAAUGCCGUGCAAUCGGUCUCUGGUGCUGCGGCCAUGGCAGCCUUUGUAAUGAUCCUUUCCACGUGCUGUGCCGUAGGGACUCUAGCUUCUUCGUCUCGUGUGUUCUGGGCCUUUUCCCGAGACAGAGGUUUGCCUGGAUGGCGCACUCUGAGCAAGGUCAGCUCCCGCACCUCUAUUCCCGUCAAUGCCGUCGCCGCUACCACUGUCAUCGCCUGUAUCCUCUCAUUUGUCAACAUCGGUUCUGCCACCGCUUUCAAUGGUGUUAUUUCCGUCGCUAUUGCCGGCAUCUUCUGCAGCUACUUGCUCGUGGCGUCUCUCCUGCUCUACCGCCGCACUACCGGCGGAAUCAUCUCGCUCAGUGCCUCCGCAAGUGAAGUCAGCCUGACAAACACAACAGGUAAAACACUUUCUUGGGGACCCUGGCGCAUCCCGGGUAUUCUGGGUAUUGUAAACAAUGCGUUUGCAUGUGCAUACCUCUGCUUUGUGUUCUUCUUCACCUUCUGGCCAUCAGUUAAGGAUAUUACACCUGCGACAAUGAACUGGAGUAUCUUGGUCACAGGCUUCAUCACCACCUUCAGCGCGGUGUACUAUAUGGUGCGUGCGAGGAAGACAUAUAAGGGACCGAUUAUCGAGGUAGAUGGAGAGUAGGUGCCUUGAAACCCACAGAUGAGAAGGGGUGGUGAAGUACAACAAGG